AUGGCAUCAAUUGAAAUGCUUGUUUGGAUUACCGAACAAAUUAGUAUUGGUGGAUAUUUGAUAUUAUUAAUCAGUGGUAUUAUUGGUUCAUGUGCUAAUAUAUAUAUAUUCUCUCGAAAACGUCUUCAACGAAGUCCAUGUUUUCAUUAUGUUUUUAUUGCAAGUGUAUUUGAUUUUUUUAAUAUAUCAUUUUCAGUAACAACUCGUCUAAUGGCUGAUGGAUUUCAAUUUGAUCCAUUUACAGUAAGUUCUAUUGGAUGUCGAAUACGAACAUAUAUAGCAUUUGUUGUAUCUUUUUGUCCAAUGGGUUGUCGUUGUUUAGCUAUUAUUGAUCGAUAUUUAUGUACAUCACAAUCAAUUUUUUUACGAAAUUUAAGUUCAGUAAAAAUAGCUGAUCGUCUUUUAUUUAUCAAUUGUUCAUUAUGGUUUUUAAUUGGUAUUCCAAUGUUAGUAGUUUUUGAUUCUAUUCAUGUAAAUUCUAAUCAAGUUACAUGUAAUACAUUAAAUAAAGAAUUUACUAAUUAUUUUUCAUUUUUUGUUAAUCCUGUACUAUAUUUUUUCAUGCCAAUAAUUAUUAUAAUUAUAUUUUCUACGUUAACAUAUAGAAAUAUUCGAUUUGUUAAUAGAAUACAUAAUGUUAAAAUGAAACAAUUAGCAUUUAUGAUUAUUAUUGAAACUAGUAUAUUUGUUAUUUCUUCAAUUCCACAUGGAACUCGAUUUAUAUAUAUAUUAUUAACAAAUUCCAUAGAAAAAAAUGUUUAUAGAAAAGCACAAGAAAAUUUAUUUUAUCAAAUAAGUCGAAUAACAUUUUUCUUUAAUUCAGCUUUUGCAUUUUAUAUUUACUUUUUAUUAUCAAGUGAAGUUCGUUCGAUCAUUAAAAGUAUUUUUAUAAAAAGACAUCAUCGAAUAGUUCCAAUUGCUCUUAAUAUGCGACGUCCUAUUAAUUCGUAA